AUGACUGCUCCUUCGAUCUCAACCGAAAGAUCUUCACACAGUUGUAAAUCAAAGUUUUACCGUCGUAGGACGCAAAAAAGAGUUGAAAAUGUCAAAAAGAGGGCUCGUUCAGGUAAUUUAUGGAUAUUGUAAUAACAAUGAAGAAUUCUGUAUAGCCCAGUAUUGACUUACGUAAUUGCACUUUACAGAAUUGAAUAGCUGUGGUUGGAGUCCUCAUCAAUACGCUAAUAGUGGGUUAGUCAACAAGUUGCAACAGUUUACUCAUGAUAACAUCGAGCGUGUUGAUGGGCGGGAGAUCACAAUUGAAGAAUUUCAAGAACGAUUCGAGAAGAGGAGUGUACCAGUGAUUCUGACGGGUAUUAUUGAUCAUUGGGACGCUAACAAAAAGUGGACAUUGGAUGUAAGUUCAUGACAAAGAUUGCGUUGUUGUGUUUUUUUACGUCGAGUACAAUUUCAGUGGAUAUUUUAGAGGCUCUACAAAAAGUAUCGGAAUCAGAAGUUUAAAUGCGGUGAAGAUGACGAUGGAUAUUCGGUGAAGUUAAAGAUGAAGUACUACAUGGAUUAUAUGACAAGCACCACUGAUGACAGUCCCCUCUACAUAUUCGACAGUGGUUUUGGAGACAGAAAGAAGUCAGAAGCCUUACUGAAAGACUACGAGGUUCCUAACUUUUUUGCCGACGAUUUGUUUGGAUACGCUACAGAUCAAAGAAGACCACCGUACCGAUGGAUUGUGAUAGGACCUGAGAGAUCUGGUACAGCGAUCCAUGUAGAUCCUCUGGGUACAAGUGCUUGGAACGCCUUGAUAUCAGGAGAGAAGAAGUGGUGUCUCAUUCACCCAUCAGCCCCCAAAUCUUACGUCAAACCCAGGAAGGAUGAAGUUGGCAAACAUCCAGAUGAAGCUGUCACAUGGUUCCAGACAGUUUUUCCUCGAGUAGCACAUGACAACUUGUAUCCUACUGUUUAUGCUACACAACGGGCUGGCGAUGUUAUGUUUGUGCCUAGUGGAUGGUGGCAUGUUGUGAUAAACACUGAAACUGCUAUAGCUAUCACACAGAACUUCUGUUCCUCCGUGAAUCUACCUGAAGUUUGGAAACAGACCACGAAAGGAAGACCUCAGUUUGCCAAACAUUGGCUACGGCACCUAAAGCAGAAGCGACCUGAAGUGGUUGACAGAAUUGUUCAGUUGGAUCAGAGUUAUGAUUGGUUGGCAAUAUCUGAUGACGUGUCUUCUGAUUCUUCGAGCUCAAGCUCUUCAGAGUCGGAUUCAGAUUCAGAGGAUUCUGGAACCGAAACAGAAGAGAGUAAGCGGAAACGGUGAGUGAUAUAAUAUUGCUGUAUUUUAUAUUUGUAAGUAUGAAAAUGACACUUUAGUCGAAAAAUGGAUUUAAAAGCUUUUUUAUUGAGUAAAUAUAUAUAUGUUUUCAUAUAUUAUAAGUAUGAUGAUGUCACAGGUAAUUCUGUGGUUAUUAAAAGUUUGUUUUGAUAUAUUCCGAGAAUUACUUCAUUUCUUUUCCCAUCUUGAUAUUUUUACUUUAGACCGCACGAAAAUGGCACGUCAACACUAGGAGCUACGGGAUUGGAGCCUUGUCCAAGCAAAUUAAGGAAGAACCUUAACGACUAA